UUUAUGGGACACAAAGGGUCCACGUCCCUAGGUUAAAGUACCCUCCGUUUUCUUCAAUCUUUUGGGAGGUUGGCAGCUGUUGGUACCAAUUUUCCACUCCACACAACGUGACACCUCUCCAAUCUGCCAACCAUUCAUGGGGAGGUCAUAGGUGGAUGUAUGGGUGAUGGCAGCAACCACUACCAGAUUCAAUUUUCAAUCUCCGCAAGAAACAAGCAAAUCAAUAUUCAAUCUCUGGAAGAAAGAAUCAAUAUUCAAUCUCCGCAAGAAAGACUAUAUAAAUAAUAUAUAUGAUGAGUGGGGCUGCGUGGUUGUGCAAUUCGUGCGGGAGCAGGAGCCUGGUGGUUCGCAACACGAGCCUCUCCACGUGCAGGCCGCUGCUAGGCCGGUGGAUCCAGACUCCGGGGAGAACUUCCGGCAUUGCGGCUAAGACAAGGCGGCCAACCGCUGUCGCCGGUGCCUCGUCGACGAUGAAGCCUGCUCCGCGCGCGAGGCAGGAGGAGGAAGACAAGCGGCUCAAGGAACAGAUUGCCGAGUUCUACGACGAAUCGUCGGGGAUAUGGGAGGAGAUUUGGGGAGACCACUUGCAUCACGGCUUCUACGAACCUGCUACUGCUAAACCUAGCUCUUCCGUCUCGAAGCUUUCCGUCGACCAUAGAUCCGCUCAAAUUCGGAUGAUCGAAGAGGCUCUCCGUUUCGCCGCUCUUUCCGAUGACCCAAUGAACAGACCCAAAAGCAUUGUUGAUGUUGGGUGUGGAAUUGGAGGCAGUUCUCGAUAUCUAGCUAGGAAAUAUGAAGCUCAAUGCCAAGGCAUCACCCUAAGCCCUGUCCAAGCCCAAAGGGCUCAAGCUCUUGCCGCUGCCCAAGGAUUAGCUGACAAGGUUUCUUUCCAAGUUGCAGAUGCUUUAAAUCAACCAUUCCCUGAUGGGCAAUUUGAUCUUGUGUGGUCAAUGGAGAGUGGAGAACACAUGCCUGACAAGACAAAGUUUGUCAAUGAAUUGGCUCGAGUUGCAGCACCUGGAGGUACUAUUAUUAUAGUAACGUGGUGCCACAGGGACCUCUCCCCUUCUGAGGAAUCUUUGACGCCAAAGGAGAAAAAGCUAUUGAAAAAGAUAUGCGAUGCUUACUAUCUUCCGGAAUGGUGCUCCACAGCCGAUUACGUGAACUUACUUCAAUCUCUGUCUCUCCAGGAUAUCAAGGCGGCUGAUUGGUCCGAAAACGUAGCACCGUUUUGGCCAGCAGUGAUAAGUUCAGCAUUGACAUGGAAGGGAUUCGUAUCAUUACUGCAGAGUGAUUUGCCAAUUGAUGAUCAGGAUGGAAGACCAUAAGAGGGGCAUUGGUGAUGCCACUGAUGAUCCAAGGAUACAAGAAGGGACUAAUCAAGUUUGCUAUCAUUACAUGUCGAAAGCCCUUAUAGUUCACAAAGCACAAUGGUGAAUGGAGGUAGGUUUUGAUCCCUUGGCAGUUGGUUGGCACAUUCAAUCUUGGGUAUAUCUGUCACUUCCCUUUAUCUUUCUGUCUGUCUUUUUCUUUUUGGGUUUUGUUCUAGUUUUAUGGCCCACGGUCGUUCCAAUGUCUAUAACUAAUAAUGGAGGCACGUGAUUGGAACCUCAAAACUGGGCUCUGUGUUUGUAAUUUAUAUGGAAAAACUAGACUAGUAGUUGCUGGAAUAUGUACGUACAAAAGGGAAGCAACCAAUAAAACUCCCACUGUAGUUGUUGCCCGUUUCUUCUCCCAUUUAGGAAUUUGUAAGAGUUACUUAUCAAAUUUAUUAUAAAUUUAUUUAUGAAUAUGAA